CCCGAGAUAGAUAUAAACAAUUGGGAGACAUUUUAAAUAUUAUACCACCGUAACAGGGGAAGUUUCUCAGCGCUCUUUCCUACCUUUCAAAAUCGAUGAUCACUCACGAUGACAAAAGGCGCUGAACAUUUCUUAUUGUGGUGCUCGACGAUUGAGAAUUGUUUAAAUCUCCCUCGGUGUUCGAAACGUAGAGUUCUCACUCCUAUUAAACCCUCCCGACAAGUCGAGUUACCAUAUUUGACACAUUACUAUACGAAUGUUUACGAAUUUAGCAAUAAUGCCUGAUGCCUGGGACGAGAAAUUCGUAAUUGAUGGAUACCCUUUAACCCCUUUGUUUUUACUAUGAAUUCUAAAGAGUCAUCCUCCGUGCUUCUCAAUAUCGUAUCUCGAUAGUGGUUCAGGGGAUCAAUAUAUUAAAUAUAACCCGAGCGUGACAGCCGAACGACUGUUAUGUAUCGAGUAGUCAAUCGCAGAGAAAACUCACAAUGGACAUAUGUUAUAAAUAGUUGACCCUCUAUUGCAUCACGGUCGUCGUACGCAAAAAUUUCACGUAAGUGUAGCGGAGCGUAUUCGGUUUCAUCACGAAUCCUACUAUUUAUUUUGGAAGAUUAUUUUCGUAACAUUGUAAAGAAGCCAAUCUAGUUACGGAAAAUACGUAGGUUUUAGUAAUUUUUUGAUACAGAUUUGCUGUCUUGUAUCUACAAAAUUGACUGGCAUCAAGAGAAGUCAUGCAAUACAGGGUCAAUGAUAAUAAUGGUAAUUUGUGUUUGGCCAGAUUUUGUUCCGAGUUGAAGGAUUCAAUGUAACUGCGAUUUUAUCCACUUUUUUUUCGAAAUCUAGAGAGACUUGGUCUUAACAUCAAGAAAGUUAAAUCUGUGGCAUUGAACUUUUUGUGUUCAAAAAGAGAAAGUAUAAGAUUCUGUGGAAGCUUGAAAUUCUCUUCAGAACUCGUAUCAGGUCGUCAAAAUAUGAACAAUGGAGAAAUCUCUGGCGAAAAGUUCAAGCGCUAAUUUUCAUAAUACUCGGGUAUUAUUCAAAUUCUAUGUUGAAGCUCGUAAGGCAAAAACGAAGAUAACUUUUGGCCGUUCAUAACGUAGAUGAAUCGAAAAACACUUGAUAUUUUCUUGGCACCGUUCAUUCAGAAACACGUUAAUGGUACUUUGUAGUAAUACAGGCACUUUGUACUAAUCACCCGUAGAACGAUGAUAAUUUUUAUAACUACGGUAAAAAGAACUUUUCCAAGAUAACAUAGUGCCAAAUAUUUUAUAAAUGGAUUCGUUGUAAUCAGAGAGAGAAUAAUCCAAGUAUACUUUAAGUUUUUCAUCUUUCGCAAAUUCUACUGCAUGCACAAAUAUAAAUGCACUUAAUUUUCUAACUAUUGGAUAUUAAUGUGGUCCGAUUUCCACAUAUUUCGGGGGUAAAGUUGGCCAGUCGUAGAUUUAUAUAACGAACGUUUAUGAAUAAGCCGUUCAUUAGCUAUUCUUACGGAACUCUUUCUACUCUGAUUCGGAUAUUUGUUGAGGAUAUUUGUCACGUGUCCAAAAACGUUAUUCGGCUUUAAACCUUAUCAAGGAUAAAACUCAACAUUUAUAUAUUAAGCCGACAAUUUUUUCUAUAUCAUCGCAAAUUACAACGCGCCAAGCAUUGCGUUUCUACACUUUGAUCUCUCAGUGUCAAACAUUUUUAUAAGACUGUCAUUUUUAAUAACAAUGUGAAAUUCCAGUAGGCUCGUGAAAUAUUAAUUUACGUCACGCAGUGUUCUCAUUGAAACUAUUGUUUGUCUUCCAGUUUGUAUUUUGCUAAUUUCGACGUCAUUUUUCGACUAUUAAAUACGCUUCGUCUCUUCCAAUGGCUUACCAGACUAGCAAUAAAAGAGUCCUUGAGAGAAUCAUCGACCGGACGGUAAUCACACGUUGUUGUACCCAACGUAACUUCGAGCUCGCUCAUCUUCCGUUUCCGGUCUGCAAAGACGACGUUACUCGCGUGUCAACUGACUUUUGCUUCGAUUUGUGAGCGUUCGAAAUAUACAAUGUCCGUAUACGGAAUGCCCUAUCACUACCGGGUGUCCUUGUCACAGAUAUCCUCUUUUUUACUUUCGCCGUUUGACAGCCCGGUUGUGGGGUGGGAGAGUCUAUUCUUUUCGUUCAACCGAAAUUCAAUUUCGUUUCACCGAAAUAAAAAGCGGUUGAGAGAGGAUAUCUCCACUGACCUUCUUUCUCCCGAUGCUUUUUUUCCUUCUUCGACAAUGUAAAAAAAAAUUGGCCGUUUAAAUUUCAUCGAACAUCUUAAAAUAGCUCCGCGACUUUCGCUGUUCUUCUCAGUUGCUCUUACGAUAUCUGUAGCUGAGACGACAAUUGGUAGCGGUGGGACACCCUGUAUACGCGCACACGCACACACGCGUAUGCAUGCGUAGGUACAUAUAAUUGCGUACAAUUAGGACCCGAUUUAACAAUCGGAACGAGAAGCGGUGGACAAGAUAAUUAGUACAGGAUACACGUACGUCGAGGUGUCCGUCGUGUCGGCGUAACGCUCCCCUCAUCCUUAUCCCCCGUUUGUAAUUUGUGUAACACUUUUUGAUCGUUUAUCGAUAUACCGUACUUGUUAACGCUAUAUAUAUAAAAAAAUAAAUAUAUAAAUAUAUAUAUAUACAUAAAAAAAAUAUAUCUGUUUUACGCGGUGAUUCCCCCGGUUGAGAUGCGCCGUCUCGUCGGUCGUUCGAUAUAUCGACCGAUUGUGUUCUAACGAUAUAUAUCGAGGCACAGCUCGAUGGAGGGACGUGGGGGAAUUACCGGCGUCCGAAGGACGAAGAGCGGUACUCCAAGCGUAGGGAAUCUAUUGUACAUUGAUUAUUGAUACAUUAAUUAUGAUAACAAUAAAUUAUAUACAAAGUCACAUGUCGGAUCUGCGUCAGUAAUUUCACUUUGGUUUCCGGAUCGAGCACGCUCGUUCCGGUUUUCUCUCUCUCUCUCUCUCUCUUUCUAUCUUUCUCUUUUCGUUAAAUAUUCGUUCUCUCCCCACGUUCACGUUUUUCGUUAUCAGUCCACGUGUGGUCGGAUUGACAUUUUAAUUUCGGGUCCGACAGAGAUUCGCAGCGAGCCAUUGCUUUCUCUUUUUUCCUCGUUUUGUCCAUCGAUUUUUUUUGGCGAAUUGAAUAUUGAAUUUCCCCGUUUCUUCCCCCUCCCCGGAUGCGAUGUGGCCUGUCCUCUUCUUCUCAUUUUUUUUUCUUUCGUUCUUCAUACCGUAUCUCUUUAUCGCAAUGCCGGAUUCGUCGUUCGACACGGAUGACAUUACGUAUGUCCAAGCCGCAAGGAAAGAGAUAUCUAAUCAGCGGGAAAACAAUAAUUCUGUAUACGCCGCUGAGAAAUCGCCGGAUAAACGGACGACGAACGGCGGAGUCGAGGUGAACAUCGCGAGCAUCGUAAAUUCGCCGGAUCUCAGCCCGGUAAAGAAUGUACGAAAUGGGGAAGCGGAGGAGGCGGAAGUUAGAAAAACGAAGAGAUGGCCAACCGAUAAAGCUUAUUACAUAGCCAAAGAGCUCCUCAUGACGGAACGAACUUACAAGAAAGACUUGGAUGUUAUUAAUGUGUGGUUCCGCGAAGAAGUUUCUCGCGAAGUGGCACUAGAAGGGGAGUCGGUAGUCUCUCUAAUCGAGCUACUCGCCGACGUGCACGGGCCCUGCCUGCAAGAAAUGGAGGCACGGCUGGCACGCUGGGAGAGCAACGCCCGUCACAAUAUCGGUGACUUUUUGUACAAUACGCUUUUAAACGUCCUGCCUCUCUACGACCAAUACCUGGAGAACCUGAUCCCGGUGUUGGAGAAAAUGGAAUACUCCAUGCGAACGUCGCGACGCUUCGAUCAGCUCUGCCGUGAUUUCGAGUCGCAGAAGCAUUGCUACCUGCCAUUGACCUCAUUCCUUUUGAAACCUUUACAACGACUACUGCAUUAUAACAGUAUUAUCGAUAGACUAUUGGAUCAUUAUCCAAAGGAUCAUACCGAUUUCGAAGAUUGUUUGGCGGCGAGGGAUAGACUCGGCGAGACAUUGCUCGAAGGACUCACGAUUAUAAAUCAAGCGGAAAAUCUGGUGCAGUUAUGCGAAAUGCAGAGAGACAUCACUGGUUUUGAUAAUCUCGUGCAAGAAGGUCGAAGGUUUAUCAGACUAGGAUGCCUGCAGAAAUACAGCCGUAAAGGUUUCCAACAACGUAUGUUCUUCUUGUUCUCGGAUGUGUUACUGUAUACAUUCCGUACGCAACAACCAACGCAAUGCUUCCGCGUGCAUGGCCAAUUACCGUUGAAAGGAAUGAAGAUUCAAGAUGCGGAUAAUAAAACUGGAACGGAUUUCGCUUUUAUUAUCGAUGGACAAGGAAAUCAGUCACUGACAGUUGCAGCAAGCAACGAAGAAGAAAAAGAGAGGUGGAUAGAAGAUUUGAACAUGGCUAUAACGCAGAUCGAUGCGUCAGACGCGAAAAUGCCGUAUUUAAGUUUAAAGUCUUGUAUUUUAGGUUCAGCCGACGAAGUGGGAGAUAGUAUAGGAUUAGAAGUAGACCGCACUAGUUGCGGAGGUGCAAAGGCCUCACAACGUAGCAAUACUACAGUUCACGUCUGUUGGCAUCGUAAUACAAGUAUUAGUUACAGCGAUCAAUUACGAGCGUUUCAAAACCAGCUUAGUGGAUUUCUUCUACGGAAAUUUAAGAAUAGCAAUGGUUGGCAAAAGCUUUGGGUUGUGUUUACUAACUUCUGCUUAUUCUUCUACAAAUCUCACCAAGAUGACUUUCCAUUGGCUAGUUUGCCAUUGUUAGGAUACAGUGUUUCGACACCUUCGGAAAAAGAUGGGAUCAACAAAGACUUUGUAUUCAAAUUACAAUUCAAGAAUCACGUAUAUUUCUUUCGAGCAGAAAGCGAUUAUACUUUUGGGAGAUGGAUUGAAGUCAUUCGAAGUGCAACUCAACAGAGUCAUGUGCCCACUAGUAUGAAUGGAAAAGAAGAGUACUAAAUCUAAAAUCUGCACAAUUAUGGAACAAUUGUUAAGAAAAAAUAGUUAAGAUUAUGGAGUUAUGCUGCAAAGUGUGAUUUUUUUAAAAAGAUAUAUAAUGAGAAAGUCAAAAUUUCUGGCCUUAUAUGUAUAUCAAAUCAAAAGAGAAUCAAAAGUGGUGGUAUCUUGAAUAUUAUAUCUAAUAAAAAUUGA